AUGGCGUCUGGCCCUCCGGCGGGGGGUAUUGGCGAGCUUCUUGGCGCGUUCACGAGCCCGGACAAUGGCGUGAGGCGGAGAGCGGAGCAAGCUUGGGAAGACAUGAAAAUGCGGCUCCCCGAUCAGGAACCGCAGGAGGAGGUCCAGCCCCCCCCUCCCAUGUGA